GCUGCAGCUGUGCUUGCUGGGGGGAGUGUGACACGGAACUGUGUUCCGGGGCAGGAGGUGUUGAAGUCACACCCAGUGCUGCAGGAGCUGACACAGAUGUGCACCCAGCAGGGCUGCAGGGUGCUGCUGACUGACAAGCCGUGCUCCUUCGACACUCCAGCAGCUGAAGCACACACGGUGCACGUCCAGGUAAAGGGGAGCAGCACCUACGGGGUGAGAUCCAGCUUGUGCAGCUCUGGUGGGAGGCCCCCAACUUUGCACACCCUGUUCCAGAGCUGCUGGAAACUGCAGCUGGGAAGGAGCUGCAGUGUAACCACAUCCACCCAGCGUGUUCCCAUGCUGCCCAGGGACAACGAGGAGGACUCAGCGAUGCGGCUGCUCCUGGUUGGGAAGACUGGGGGGGGACGAAGUGCUACAGGGAACACCCUUCUGGGGCGAUGUGCCUUCGAGUCCAAGCUGGCCACCGAGCCAGUGACGCUGAGCUGCCAGAAGGCAGACGGGCACUGGAACGGCCAAGACAUCACGGUGAUCGACACGGCCGACAUCUUCUAUUUGUGGGAUGACAACGCUCAGGUGCACAAAGAAAUCUUGCACUGCAUCAAGCUGUCCUCCCCGGGUCCCCACGCAGUGCUGCUGGUCACCCAGCUGGGCCGUUUCACCCAGGAGGACCAGGAGGCCGUGCAGAGUGUGCAGGACGUCUUUGGAUUUGACGUGCUCAGAUACACGAUUGUUGUGUUCACCCGUGGAGAAGAGCUGGUGUCGGGGUCCCUGGAUAACUACGUGAAAUACACUACUAACAAAGCUCUGUGUGAUGUGAUCCAGAGCUGUGGGUACAGAUACUGCAGCAUCAACAACUGGGCCAGAGGGGCUGAGCGGGACCAGCAGGUCCAGCAGCUGAUGGAGAAGAUCCAGCAAAUGGUGCAGGAGAAUCAGGGCAAGUACUACAGCAAUGAGAUGUACAUGGAUCCCUAUUUAAUGGAAGAGAAGGUGAAGUAUCAUGUGAAGAGGUACAAAGAAGCUAGGAAAAGGAGAGACCAGACCUGCUGCAGGAAAUACUGGAAAUGUCUCAUGGUUGUUGGGGGGGGUGUCAUUCUCGUGGCUGUGGUUCUCUCAAUUUUCCUUUCCCGACAGAAGCCAUGAAUCCCAUAAUUCCCAAACGGCAGAAUCACAGAGCACUUGGGGCUGCAGGCAUCUCUGGAGGUCACCAGCUUCACCCUUGCCCUUCGGGGUCCCCCACCACCCACUGCCCGUGGCUGUGUCCCAUUGUGUGUUGAACAUCUCCAGGGAAAGAGAUGUUGCUGCCUGGGGGAGAGUUAAUUUUCUUCAUUGAGGCUCACGCAUUGCUGUAUUCUGGAUUUGUGAUGGAACACAUGGUGAUAGCAGCCCAGUGUUCUGGCUGCCAUCAAGUGGUGCUCACACAGAGCUCAGGGCUGUCCCAUCCCUAUGCUGCCCUGCUGGUGAGGGCUGUGGGUGCACAGGGAGCUGAGGGGACGGACCAAAGGGAUGUCCUAUUCCAUAUGGUGUCGUGCUUGGUGAUAAAACUGGGGAACAAAGAAGGAAGGGGGACGUUGAGACUAAUGGCGUUUGUCUUCAACAACAAAAUGAGACAACAAAAUGAUGAGCCUGGCUUUCCUGGGGGUGGUUGAACAAGUGCCUGCUGAUGGAAAGUGCUCCAUGCAUUCCAUGUUUUGCUGUGCUUGCGCAUGUGGCUUUUGCUUUACCCAUUAAACUGUCUUUAUCCCAAACCAAGAGUUCUCACCCUGUUCCCACUCCAACCUUCUCCCUGCCCCACCUUGGCAGAUGGAGGUGGUGAAUGGCGAGGUGGUGCUGAGCUGCCUGCAGGAAGCAGGAGGGGCUAUGCGGUGCCUGGGGGCUGCAGCUCAGCCCUGCCCCCAGCCAGGCAGUGCCCUGCCCCAACUGCACAUAUCAGUUGAGGCCAAAGGUACCACAAACAAGCUUUUCCUGUAAACGCACUUGGUUCCAAGAAGCGCAGAAAACGAAACUAAGAACGACAAGGAGAGAUAGCAUUGGCUCUUGCACCAAGGGCAGCUUUCCCUUGCACUUCUGCCAUCCCCCAAAGCAACCGCAUACUCCGUGGCUGUAUGCAGUCUCUGUACAUCCCAUCCCCCCAAGCCCCAUUUAACAGAACCCUGUGUGGGGGAUCACACGGGGUUGUACAGAGCUGGCAGGGAAAGAAGGGAGGUUUUCAGCUCUGUCUCUUACAGAACAGGUCUCCAGAAUGGUGGUAUAAUUUUCCUUGCCAUUGGUGUGAUCUUCAUGGUUUUCCUUAUCCGGGGGGAGAGAAGAGUUCUACAGCCCCCCAGACCUCAAACUGCUCAAUGCUUGGGGCUGUGGGUACCUCUGGCAUCGCCCACUCCAUCACUGCCCAUUGGAGUCCCACAGCAUCCACUGCCCAGGGCUGUGUCCCAUUGGGUAUUGAAGACAUCCUCAAUGGGCAGCCAGUGCAGCGCUUGCUCACCCGCACAGAUGGGAAAGAACUUCCUGACCUUUCCCUGGGAGUUCCUGUGACUUCAGUUGUGCCCAUUGCUGUGUGUGCUGGCUCUGGGCACUGCUCAGUGCCCCCCAGCACACACAGACAGGACAUCCAAGCCCUCUUCUCCAGAGAAUCACACAAUGUCCGGACUUGAAAGGAACCCAUUGGGACACAAUCCUGGCUGCACACAGCACCACCCGAGUCCAAACCCCGUGACUGUGAGUGAUGUCCCACCACUCCCUGAGCUCCAGCAGCUCAGGGCCGUGCCCUGGGGAGCUGUGCCAUGCCCACUGUCCUCACCCCCACCCGACCCUCCCCUGACAUUCCCUUGGGCCCUAUAGCUGCUAAGAGAGAGCAGAGAUCAGUGCUGUCCCUCUGAUCCCUUUGGGGAGCUGUGGGGCCAACAAGGAGCUGUGAAGCCAACGAGGAGCUGCAGGCCGCCAUGAGGGAGCUGGUGGUGAUGCACAAAGAACGCACUCUUCAGAAAGAAUGUGCUGACCUCUGAACACCUCCUUAUCAAGAUAGCUUUCUGAUAUUCCACUGACUGAAACAGACAGGAUAUGUUUGGUCCGCUCUGGACCAAGUGGACUCUGUUUUAUUGUUGUGUAUUGUUUAACAAGACUUUAAAGAUUUGUUUUGGGUUGGUUUGGAUGGUUUGGGUUCUUUCAAUAUCAGUUGGCCGACAUUUCCUUGAAAACUUUUUUGACGUGGGAUUGAAAAACUUUCAUUUUGUAAAAAGGAGAAGCGUAACACCACAAUUUUUUUUUUUUUUUUCUUCCCAUCAUUCUUAACUGCAUUAAUUUAAGGAGGAUUGGGAACGAAGGAUGGGUGCUUCAACCCUUGUCUCAGUGCCACAUGUGAUCACAGAGAUGAUGGCAGACAGUAGUCCUCUUUAUAACUCAUAAAGCAUGAGUUAUGCUGGUGGUGUUCCAAUCUGUCCUAUUGCCUUGCUCCUCUGAAAAAGGAGUGCUGGUUUAGUGGGAACCUCAGCUUGGUAAGAAUUACAUUUUCUAGAAGCCAAUGCAAUGCCAGUGGAAGCAAACCACAUAUACUCUCCUACUGCUGAGCUUUGUAAUUUCCUCUUUGAGAGUAAGCAGCUGUGUCAUUUUUAAUAUUGUAGUUUUUUAUAUAGAAAUGUGAUGGAUGCUCUGCUGUAAAGAGAUAUCUUGAAGAUGUGUCACUAUUAACUAUCCGCACACAUAUGUAAUGUCAUGUGUAUCUUUUGGGCAUGAUGUUCAUGAUCCCUAAUAUCAGGUUGUCAUACUCCUAUGAAUAUUACAAUUUAAAGAGUUAAAAAAUACUUUAAUCAAAAUCUCUGGGGCUAUUUGCUAAUGCAAGAUGUUAAGGAGUCAGAGAAAAUAGCCUUACCUUAAUGCUUGGAAAAUAAUUAUAAAGAAGUGUUCAUCAUUAUCCCAUUGGAAAUAUGGAAGCAAUGCAAUAACAGCAGGAGUGUGUUUGGAGGAUUCAUACAGCAUUUAAUAACACUCGGUUUUGUUCUUCCUUUGUGCAACUCUUACGUGGUAGCUGACAACCCGUUUCUUUUGUUUUCCCCCAUUUUAUUUCAUCCUGUCCUACUGCAUAACUAUCCUGGUGUCUCUGAGAACUCUCUUAUCCCACAGUUAAUAAAGCUGGAGGAGAGAAUGCAGAGAAUGGACGCGUUUCGUAUCAGCCAACCUCUGGUCACUGCAUUCUGGGUUAUGUGAUUAUAUUCCAGUCUUUUUUUUCUCUUCUUCUUUAUUUGAUAUGCAUUCUUUGCUUGCUCAGAGCAGUUGUGUGGGCAGAGAAGUACUCGUAGGCUCAUACUGCCAUGGAAACAAGCUCCAUUGGCUUGACACUGUGGCAACUUAGAUGGUUUGUUUGGGAUCCUGAAAGCAUGGAGCUCUUGUGCUCUAUUUGUGAGCACCCUUUAUGAAGCGUUAUUGCCCAUUUCUCUUGGCUAUGUAAGAAAGCACACAUAAAGAUAGCAAUUCAUCUGUUCAACAUAAAGAGUUUUCAUCUAGGUGGAUGCUACGCUCCUGGGGAAUGCAUCUUUCCCAACUCCUUGCAAGCCUUCUGCCUAGAAAUGCUUUGCUAAUGACUUUUCUUCAUUAGCUGAAAUCACCUGCCAACAUUCCCAAAGUCAGAUAAUCUACAGAUGUAGAAAUGUUGUGUGUCCAGAAGGAGCAGAUGACUCCUCUCCUAGCAGUUUAUGCAGUGCUCUAAGUGGAGUUGCUGGUAUUUGUUGUAGACAGGGGUUGUGGGGCUGCAAGUAUGCCACACGGGCAGACCUCUCAAAUAUUAUCACAGCUUAUAAUGAAAUUAUAACCUGUGAUCUGUGCCUGCUCUUUGCCCAUGGACCUUACCACGUGUAGUACCAUUUGGUAUCACUGAUUUUAUUACUAGACAUCUGGUCCUCGUGGGACAUCACAUUAUCUGGGUCCUGUUGGCCUUGUGAUCUCAGUCCUGAAAUGGUCACUCACAUCUCAUGGGAAGUGUCCCCAUAACUUUCUCUUUAUCAUACGUGAAAUCCAAUCAUCCCUUGCAGUGCUAUGUAUAAAUAUUUCCAGGUUUUUCAUUGUUUUGUAUGGUCAGCAAAGCCUGAUGCUGUGGUCAGUAUUGUCUGUCCCAUUAGCUAAGCCUCAGAGCAGCACCCAGCCUGCAGGCCUUGCCCAAAGCUCCUACCAUGGCAUCACUCCACAGUGUUUGCAUUAUCAGUGUUUUGCAGCUGAAAUAUCCCAAGAAAUUGGAGCAGCUGGUUGGAAGAUUUCACAAUUUAUGAAUUAUCUCCAGUAACCAUAAUGUGACGGUGUGGAAAAUUGAAAGCAUAUUUUCUUGUUUAAAUGGUAAUUGACAUGUGGUCAGGAAAAUAAUUAACUCAUGUCCAGUAGUAAGCAAUACCAUGCAUUAGCACAUAGACUGAGAAAUAAACAAAAUGCAAUAUCUGUAAAUAAAAUUACGGAAGCAGAAUA